CUCCUCCUCCUCCAAGCUCAGAAGGUGAUCAGCUGACCUGUCAUAAUAUUACGCAGCGCGUGUGGUGUGUGUGGGUAUGUUUGUGUUUGCGUUUGGCUCCACGACACGUUGAAGACAUGGCAACCAAGAUGGAGCUGGCACCCCUCAGACCGUGGGAUGACUUCUUCCCCGGGACGGACCGCUUCACCAAACCGGAGUUCGGAGAUUUAGCAAAGUGGAACAACAGAGUCAUCAGCAAUUUGAUGUACUACCAGACGAAUUAUUUCGCCUUGGCUCUUGUGGUUUUCCUCAUCGUCGGGUUCCUGAACCCCUUUGGCAUGUUUCUGGGAGGAUCUGUGGUGGCUCUGGUCUUCAUGGGCUCGGUGUGGGCAGGAGAGAACAAGGCCAUCGUCAAGAACUUCAAGAAGAAGAACCCCACUCUGUUUGUCGUCGGGGUCAUGGUCACCAGUUACUUCGUGCUGUCUCUGUUUGGUGGCGUCUUGGUCUUCAUCUUUGGAAUCACCUUCCCUCUGCUGUUAAUCCUGAUCCAUGCCUCUCUGAGACUGCGCAACAUGAAGAACAGACUGGAGAACAAGAUCGAGGGCGUCGGGCUGAAGAAGACCCCCAUGGGAGUCAUCAUGGACCUCCUGGAUCAGCAGGAGGAGAGAAUGAACAAGAUUCAGGAUUUCAUUGAAAGCAAACUGAACAAGGAAUAAGGAGUCUAUCCAGCAGUGUGCCAAGGAAAAUUAGUGUCGUACAGUUUGGAUGAAAAUUUCCAUCUCCGCACCCCAUGUGUCAGGUUUUUACAUGUUAAGUUACGGUUUUGUUUCCUUUUGUAUUUCUCCUCUGUAUCCUCUGUUUGCUUUUUUUGUCUUACUUUUGUCUAAAGUGUACAGAUGGAAACUAACAUUAUAACAAGAUUUGCACAAUCACAGCACUGAUUGGAUGUUUGAAAGUAUUGGGCAAUUAAAUGUCACCAAAGGUUUGACCAUUCCUGUGUCAAAAAAUAUUCCAAAAACAAAUCAUUUCCCAUGUCGAAUAACGCACUUUCUUCCACGCAACGACUGAGUAUUUAUUUCAGCAAAGCCGAAAUGUCUAAACAUAACGUCUAAUACAGUUGUUUGAUGCCAAUUGUAGAAGAAAACAAAUUAUCUCAGUUUGCUACCUCAAAAUAAGCAUAUUUCAUUUUGUUCUCACCGAGUAGAACCACAUUCCCAAGAUUCAGCCACCGACACCCAGUGAACUGUCAACUGCUUUAUUAGACAGCAAUAACUCCCAUCUUGUCACCUCAGGAGCUGUAUGAGUACUGAUCAGAGACCAGUUUACUUCUGGAGAUGUAUUUUCAUGGCCUGAUUAACAGAACUUGAGUUAAACGAUUCCUCCUCUCACACAGUUCCUGACGCAUACAGGCUGGCCUGAGUGUAUCCCUUCUGAUCACAGCUAUGCAAUAUUGAAAAAAAAGUGAAUGGCAAGUGCAGCUUUAUUGUUUGAAUAUUAUGUCAUGAUAUGUACAUGUUUGUUGUUAUUUCUGAUGUGUCUUUUAUCAUAAUAUAGCAUGCAGAAAUGUGCACUGGCUGCAGGAUACAGAGUACAUGCGUUUGGCAAUGAGACAAAAUAUUUGAUUAAAUUAUUAACUUUAAUUCAUUGAUGUGCUAUUUUUCCACAUCCGCCGUUGGAAUCAAAUCCUUUUUUCCUUAUUAGGAAAAAAAAUAUCAAAAUUGAGUCACCUGUAAUGUCAGUGUUCAUUUUAUACUGCUAAUCCUGAUAGUAAGAGCCGUUGUUUUCUGUCGUUUCUCACAAGUGCACAUUGAUUGCGGUUUGUGCAUGCUACCUUCACAAAUGGCAGUUCAGAGAUGGUUUGUUUGUUAUAUGGAUGCGAUAUCAUGUGUUUUCAUGUGACUUUUCAUUCUUGAAAAGUGGUUAAAUCAGAGAACUUGAAGAAAACAUGGCUGUCCUCGAUAAUAAAAAAAACAAAUAAUAAAGAUAACCUAAUUUAU